AUGUCAACAACAGAGAACACAACAACAGUUAUAGUCCAUGAAGCUAUAAAUGAAGAAUAUGAGUACAUACAGUUUAACAAACAACUCCGUCUCAUUCGUUCGGUCAAAGACGAUAUGUACCAAAUGCAAAGUAUUUUGACAGCAUGUUUUGCUCCAGAUACUAAGCUUCCUAAAGACUGGUUUAGGAACCAAAGCACACAAGAACUUUUGAGCGAAGCACAGCGAGUAGGGAAGAAACCCCAGUCGCCAAAACUCUAUGAAAAUCGUGAAAAAUUGCCAAACGGUUUGAGAGGAUAUUAUGUACAUAGACUUCUUGUAAAUGCUGUUGCAAUGUGGGCUUCGCCUCGUUAUGCUUGGAAUAUAUACAGACUUCUUGACGAAAUUCAUAGACAAGAACGUGAAGAGCUAGAGAACAAGCUUGAAGCAAAAGACAAAAGCAUUCAGAAAAGAAUACCACGUUCGGUACCAAAAGGAAAGGAAAAGAACUAUAAGUAUAUGAUUUAUACUGAAGAGAUGGAAAAUGAAGAAGAUAAAGAUAUGGUUAUGUUGCAUUUAGUCAGAAGAAACAACAAAAGCUUUUACGACCUUGCUAAGAUUUACAAAUCUGACAGAAAUUGGUUCUAUCGCGAAAACUUACCGAUUUCAAUGA